GAAGCGACAAGCACUCGUUUACUAUUGCUAUAAGAACAUGCUUUCGUCAGAAAUUUCCACAAGGAUACAUUUUUUUCUAAAUUGCAUGCUUCUUUAUUUUAUAUUCAAAUGAUAAAAAUUCUCGGACUCAAAACCCAUACAUCUCGUUUUCUCAUUUGUGGUCAACCGUAACAAAUGACAUAAUUCCAUUAGCUUUCUUUCGCAAGAAAUAAGAUUGGCUCGGUCUCCACAUUUCUAGAUACCCCUUCGGCUGACUUAUAUGUUAAGGGAAAUCUUUCUUCAACAGGAGGCACGGACUCAUAGUAAACAAUGACAACUUCCCAUGGGAAAGAGGAACAAAAACAAACAAACAAACAACUAACACAAGAUAAUCAGCAGCUAAGAAACAAAUAUAAGUAAAAUUUAUAAACACUUCUAAAAUACAAUCAAAAACACGUAUUUCGAGUAUAAACUGUUGUUUGAAGAAAAAUUUAGGAACCGAAACUUUUUUCAAUUUUCAAUUUUCAUUCUCCUCAUUCUCCUCUUCUAGUGAUGUCAUCCUUUCUUCUCUGAGAAGAGCGUGCACGCAUAUUCGCAAGUUUCCCUUACGCGUUGUUUUUCUCUAUUUAACGCUGUCCGAAGCCCGUCCUUGCUCUUUACCUUUGGUUUUCUACUGUUUUACUGUUAUACCCUCCAGCGGGUUUCUUCUUUCUUUCAUCGUUUUCAUCCAAUUUUUUUUUGGUUUUUCUUUUUGAUUUAGCUGUUCACAAUAUACCCGUAUUAAAGAUAUCUUGAUCUUGGUUAUUUACAGCUAACUUGGUUUGGUGUUCAUCAAUAGUAGCGACGCGUCGUAGCUUUAUUCACGAAGUUACUUUUUGAUACAUCUCACUUCCUCUUAUUUUUUAUAAUCUACUUCGGUUUAUUUACUUGUCUUUCUAAUUCCUGUUUUAUUUGCUAUUCGUAUACUUUUCUUACUGUUUCUUCUGUACUAUUUUGGUGCCAUUUUUUCCUCCGAAUUCCUUAUUUACGAAAUAACUCGGACUUUAUAUAUCGGAGGCGUGUUAUUUUCUCUUGACACGUUCAUUCUCAUUCGCUAUUGUUGUUGACAACUUUCGGUUGCUUUCUGGGUUGUCUUAAAUUUUUGUUUGUGUUACAAUUUGCCACGCCACUCCUUCUUCCUCUAUCGUAACGUAUCGUUUGUUCUCGUUCAAAGUGUCCUCUUUUGCACUGUUUACAUAUUGUAUUACGCUGUCUUUACUCUUCGUUAUUUCAGCAAGUAUAUAAAUACACUCAGCACGCAACGUCUCUCCUUCUUGCUUUGUCCUCCCUUUUACACGUUUUCCCCCGUUUCUCCCGCUUUUUACUUGGUUUUUCUUUAGAUACACUCAGCUUUGGAGGUUUGUCAUUCCGUUGCUUCCUUUUGUGGCUGUUGUUAUUUACUGACAAACUCUUUGUGUGAUUCUCUCAAAGUCGUUUUAAAUCACAUAUCUUCUUUACUCUUUCUCAAACUACAUUAUCUUGUUAUUGGUGAAGGGUCCGUAUUGUUUUUUCUUUUUUUUGUUUCUAUAACAUUUUACUGGUCCUCGUUCGCUACCUAUUUCUCACAUUCGCAUAGUAUUUCGUCUAUCGCUAACAACCUUCAAAUAUACACAUAUAUCAAUUUAUAUCCUUCUUUCUUUUGAAGUUUCCCCUACUUUUUGAGGUUAUCUUCAAUCCCAGAUUAUUUUUCGGAUUGUCAUUUUUAUCUUGUCUUAUUCUUUCUCUGUGGAUUUUCAGUUUUCCUUUGGGUAAUUCUUUCUAGUCUGCUUUCAUCUAGGAUCUUGAGGUUUUUAUUUGCAUCUCCUUUUGCAUUUGUUCAUAUUUCUUUUUUUUCCUUUGGUUUAAAAGAUACCGUGGGUUUUCCUUUUUUGUAUUACACUUAAUUUAUCGCGGUCUUUUCUCAUUCCUUCUGUGCUAAAGCUUUGCAUUUUUGUGUUUGUUUUCCUAUAGUUUUCUUGUGAUAAUAUUAAAAACUAACAAAUCUUUGACUUGUUUGCUUUUUCAUCUUUUUCGUUUGAAAAGGUUUCUGUUUAGCUUUUUUUUUCCGUUUGACCCGUUUUGCAUCAACUUUUUGAUUGACACGGUUAUUUCGCUUUAGUUUCAUAAAAAAUUUCCUUUGUGUUUUUCUUUUUUGCGUUACACAGUCUCGCAAAUAUUCGUUUGAGUUCCGGAUAUCAUUUUAUCCCUCUUAUUGCCUUUAUCUAUAUUUGCUCUUUUCCUUUCUCUUUUUGUCGCUUGUAAAUGUCGAUUGAUUGCUUAUAUCAACGCUCUUUAUUCCAUCCCUCUUUCCUGCCUGCUAACCUGCCUUCUUCCUCUGAAGCUGUUUCAAAAAUGCCCGCUUCAUCAGGUCCUACCUUUUCAGAUUACCAGAUAGCCCCACCUUUGCUGAAACGCCCUUCUAUGGCCUCUCACUACUCAUCCGCCACCUCUCCUGUCUCGCCUAUCAGCUUUGAACCAAAGAAUAAUGACACCCUUUGGAUGGGCGAUCUCGAGAGCUGGAUGGAUGCUACAUACUUACAGCAACUCUGGGCCUCUCUUGGUGAACCUGUUAACGUGAAGGUUAUGCGUUCAAAAACUGCAUCUUCCGACGCCUUGAUUAGCUAUUGCUUUGUUCAAUUUGCUUCUUCUGCUGCCGCCGAACACGCUCUGAAGAAAUAUAGUGAUACUGUCAUUCCUGGCGCGCAUUCCCUUUUUAAGCUCAAUUGGGCUACUGGUGGGGGCAUCCAUCACGCUAACUAUGUCAAUCGAGAUCCCGAAUAUAGCGUUUUCGUUGGUGACUUACUUCCCACUACCCAGGAUUCCGAUCUCUUUUUAACUUUUCAUUCCAUCUAUCCUUCUUGUACGUCUGCGAAGAUAAUUGUUGACCCUGUUACGGGCUUAUCACGGAAAUAUGGCUUUGUUCGCUUCUCCAACGAAAAGGAGCAACAGCAUGCUCUUGUCCACAUGCAAGGUUACCUAUGUCAUGGUCGCCCUUUGCGUAUCUCUGUUGCUGCACCGAAGUCUCGUGCUUCUAUAGCCGCCGAUUCUGCGUUAGGUAUUGUUUCUAAUCCCACCUCGAACAGACAACCCAAUCAGGAUUUGUGCAGCGUUGAUCCUUUGAACACCACUGUUUUUGUCGGUGGUCUUUCGCAUGAUUUGACAGAGAAGGACUUGCAACUUUGUUUUCAAACUUUUGGCAAAAUUUUGAACAUAAAAAUUCCUUAUGGUAAAGGAUGUGGCUUUGUUCAAUACAAUGAUAAAACUUCCGCUGAGCAUGCCAUUGCUGCUUUACAAGGAGCUUUACUUGGAUCAUCACACAUGCGCCUUGCUUGGGGACAUAAUACACUCCCGGCCUCUGCUUUGGAGCGAUCCAACGACGGUGAUAUUGAAGAAACAGGUCUUUCAGCUGUUGGCCCUACCAAUGUCCCUUCUGGUAAUAUGGUUGGAACCGCUGCAAGCGGUCUGAAGGGUGCUCCAGUCUCACCUCGAAGUGCAGUUGCUGCCCAGUCUUUGCUUCCCAAUGCAAUUGUCCAUUCCUUGAAUGGAAUGGAACCUUUGAAUGUAACUCCUUUAUCGCCUCCUCCUUUGUCUCGUUCUGCUUCCAUUUCUCCGGCAUUGAGUGGUAGUGCUUCCGGUUUGACGCCUCUUUCUUCAAACUUUUCGCACCAUGGUGGUCAACAAUUACCCUCCUCAGUUUUGCAUGGCGGUAGUUUGAACACCGCUCCCAAAGCUCAGGCUAACGUAAAGCUCCCUGAAUGGUUACAGUCGUAUGCUGGGGAGAAUCAACCUUCGGCUGGAGGUCAAGAUCUUUUGGCUUCUCGCAUGUCAUCUUUAAAGCUAAUGGACGAUGAUGCUUUUGCUUACUCUGCUACUUCCGUUCCUGGACGAUCCAGCUCUUGGUAUCCUUUCAAUAAGGAACGUCAGUCUUCUAUGGUUGAUGUUUCUGGUGAAAGGGAAAAGUUUGAGUCUUUAAUGGACAAACCUAUGGUUGGUGCAGGUAUGAAGAAUCGUUUAGCCCGCCCCUAUUCCUUUGGUCCGAAUGGUUCACAAUACUUACAACCCUCUUAUCGCAUUCCUCGUGAUGUAUGAGUUUAUUGAACAUUUCUGUUGAUUCAUUUUUAGUUUUUUCUUUACUUCUAAUGGUGUUUGUAAUUUCCAUAUUUAUAAUAAUCGCUCUUUUGAAGGAAUGAUCAAUUUCCACUGUUGCUAUCCUCUGCAUUGUUAAAUUAUGAUUUCUGUUUUUUAAUUUCUUUUGAUCGAUUGAGGGUAGUUUACUUUUGGCUUUGUUGGUUUACGAUGACUAUUUUCCUAUUAUAUUAUUCCCUUUUUGAUGUUUCCCUGUUUUGUCUUAUAUUUUAUUUUGUCUUCUGUGCUGUUUCUCGUUGUAAAGUUUCAUUGUCGAUAUUUUAUCAUUACCCUUGUUUUAAGUUAUUAUCAUUACUAGCGGAAUAGGGUUUUACCUUACUUCGUCAUUUUGUUUAUUUUUUUUCUAUUCAUUUGACGUUUAUUUCGAGCUUUUCUCUUUCUUAUUGUUCAUAGAAUAAAUUACAGUGUUUAUCAUCAUGAGUUAUAUAAUAUCAGAUUGUAUGUAGG